AGUGUGAGUUAUAACACUACUUCAAUAUGCGAUUGUUUCCAUGUUUUCGUCGAUUAUUAACUUCAAGUAGAACAUUUUCUACAGUAAUUCCUGCUACUGCUAGUGUGCAGCAAACAUGGAAACAUCAACGGAGUUGUACUUUUAGGGACUCAAUAUUGGCAUGUUCUGCAGCAUUUCUUCAACAUCAGCAAAGAUGCACCCUUCACACAUCGGCUGUGCUCGAAUGGAAAAAGGCAGGAAUGAAUCCAGGACCAACUAAAUGGCCAAAAUACAACCAGGUCGUCUGGGAACCACAGAAGCCUGAUGAACCUAGACGUCCGGCAGAGAUUUUCCAUCACAGAGCCAACAUCAAGUAUAGUCCGAAGAAAUUAUGGUACAUAGCCAGCUGGAUCCGUGGAAUGUCCAUUGAUGAAGCCAUCAAGCAGCUUUCCUUUCACCCGCAAGUCGGUUCACACACAGUCAAAGAGAUUCUUCUCGAAGCCCAAGACCUGGCUGUCAAAAAUCACGGAGUAGAGUACAAGUCCAACUUGUGGAUAGCGGAGUCAUUAGCUGGCAGGAGUAGCUACAUUAAAGGGUUGAGAAGACAUGGACGAGCGAGGUAUGGAAUGGUCGAAUACAAGUACUGCCACUACAUGGUCAAGCUGCAGGAGGGUUCCCCACCUGAACACUACUACCCACCUCCUCCCAACCACUGGCAGAUGAUGGAGGAAUACCUGGCCAAUUGGCGAAGGCGCACCGUGUUAAACGGACUCAAGUCGUGAUGUUGCGUGACAAGGUCGUAAUUCCGCGGCGAUCGCCAUGUUCGCAGUGCAGUGAGCGAUCGUAGUAAGAGAUUGUAGUGAGAAAUCGCACGAGCGAUACAUCACACGAGCACGAUGCACUUCCAUGGAAGAACGGGCUCGGAAUCUGAUCCAGCUUGAUGCGCGAUUGAAAUUCGGAGUGCCUCUCCUUUGUUCGACAAGAUUCAUAUGAAAAGUGCGAGGAAUUGAUAGAACAUGCGCUCAUUGCAUAAAAUGUUUAGCGAGUUGUUCACUCAAUAAAAGUGUUUUAAUAAUUAUUCGUCUGUGGCUGAUUUAUCACAUUCACCCCAAUUAAUGUGUUAUGCGACGUUGUACAUUAACUACACGAAGAAAAAGGAUUACCUCAGUCAUUCUUUAUUGUUGUCAAGACUAGUUUACAAUUUCCUUUCCAACCCUCACACAUCAGAACACAUGUAUAUGAAUAUGUAAACUCUAUAUGAAAAUUCUAGGUAUAGGUGAAUAAUAGGUAUUACAUUAAUUUAAAAAAA